UCAAUGUGCUGGUUCAAAUUUUCGUUUAUACAUUUUCACAGGAGUGAAUUUCAUGAUACAGUUCUUUUCUGUGAUUGAACAUCAUGAUGUCCGGAUGGUUCUGCUCUUUGGGCCAUUUUUUGAAUGUUGUUAGCGGUAUGAAGUUGACAGAGACAGCUGGGGAUCUUGCAAUUGCAGCUGCUAUUUGCAGUAGCUUUUUGGAGUUUCUAAUACCUAAGAAUGUAGCUUUUAUCGGAGAAGUGGAGAAGUUGGUCUUGGUGGCGAGCUUCGAACGGUUGCAAGAAUGGAUAAGAGGCUUAACGAACUUAUUAAGUUGCGCAAUUUAAGAAGUGCGUUAUUCCAAAAGUGGCAGAGAAGUCGUUCAAAGCCAUUGACAAAGUGCGUUAUUCCAAAAGUGGCAGAGAAGUCGUUCAAAGCCAUUGACACAAGCGGGAUAACCACAGUGACUUGUGGCAAUCUGAAAGAGGUUCUGAACAAAGUAUUUCGGACAGAUUAAGUCCUCCUUUGCACAACUUCCCUCGACGCCUUUGGUGCAGUGUUGUACAUAACAACUAAGGUUGCAAAUGGGCCAAUGUUAUGAAAGGGCUUCACCAUUUGCUUUAUUUUGGUGCGAUGUUCAUAAAAUUUAUGGAUACAAAUGGAUCGGAUGUUAUGGAGGAGCCUCACCAUUUACCAUUUAUUAAAUGAAUUCAACCAUUCUUACUGUA